GCUCGCAGUCUGCCGCGUGCACGCGAUCGUCGCGAUGCUGCUUUUGCUCGGCGCGAUUCUCGCGCUCACCUGUCUCUACUGGUAUCUCACGCGCACCCACGACCACUGGGCCAAGCAGAAGAACGUGCCGACGCUGCCUGGCUGCUGGCCCGGAGUGGGCCACAUGCUGCCGAGUCUGCUGAUGCGCGAGAGCCUCGACUAUCUCGCGGAUCGGGCCUAUCGCGAGGCUCCGGGGCAGGACGCCAGCGCCGUGGGCAUCUACUUCAUGCGCAAGCCCAUGCUGGUGCUGCGCCACCCGGAUCUCGUCAAGCAGGUGCUACAGUCGGACUUUGCCAGUUUCCAUUACAACGGCCGCCAGAUCAAUCCGAAGGCCGACGCGAUACUAGCCAAGAAUCCGUUCUUUAUUCACGAUAUGCAGGCCUGGCGGGAGAGUCGCGCCCGGGUCGUCGGCCAUCUGUCCGGCAAGAAGUUGAGCUGCCUGUUCGCGAUCGCUCGGAACGUGUGCGAGAAGAUGACGGCUUUCAUCGAGCGGCGACUCGCCGAGUCCAAGGUGCAAGAGUACGAGGCCGAACUGAAGAAACUGUUCGUGCGCUACACCGGCGAGAUGGUGGCCAACUCGGCCUUCGAGGUCGAGGGUCGCUGCUUCGCGGACGAGCGAGAGCCCGGCUCGUUUCACGCGGUGGCCGAGGGCCUCUUCGAGCCCAGCUUGGCCAACGUCGUCAAGCAGGCCGUGGUGUUCUUUCUGCCCGAGCUCGCGGGCUUCGCCGACGUGCGCUUCCUGCCCCGGAGCGCCGAGGACUUUUUCCGCGAGACGCUGCUGAGCAUACUGAGGCAUCGCCGGGAGCAGCCAGCUCGAAAACCCGACGACUUUUUGCAAUUCGUCCUGGACACCAACGACGAGGACGACAUCGAGAGCAUCGUGGCCGACCUGCUGAUCUAUCACACGGACGUGUACGAGACGUCGAGCCUGACCCUGGCCUUCUUCGUCUAUCAGCUCGCGCGCAACCCGGAGGAGCAGGCCAAGAUUCGGCGGCACGUGCGCGACGCGAGCGGCGGCCAACCGAUCACCUACGAGUCGCUCAAGGCCAUGGGCUACCUCGAGCAGGCCGUGUACGAGUCGCUGCGGCUGAUCGCGCCGACGCCGGCGCUGUACAAGCGCUGCAGCCGCGAGACGACUCUGCGGGGCGAGGACGGCGCCGAGCUGUGCCGACUGCGCCCGGGCGACGGCGUCCUGAUACCCGUGCAGGCGCUGCAGAACGACUCCCGUUACUGGUCGGAGCCCGAGGCCUUUCGGCCCGAUCGAUUCGGCCCCGAGCAGCAGCUCGCGGGCGAGCGCAACAGGUAUCAGAUGUUCCUGGCGUUCGGCGAGGGGCCGCGCAUGUGCGUGGGCAUGCGGCUCGGACUGAUGCUGGUGAAGCUCGCCGCGGCCCAGCUACUGCUGAGAUAUCGCUUGGCGCCGUCGGCAAAGUCACCCUGGCCCCUGGAGAUGGAUCGCACGUCGUUUCUGGCCUACGCCAAGGGCGGCGUUUGGGCGACGUUCCGAAGAUUGGAGGAGGAGGAGGAGGAGGCCGCUUGAUCGCCGACGUCGACGCGAUUUUGUCGAGACGCAAUGACGCAAUCGAAGUCGCGAAUGUAAACACCGAUCAUGCAAAUUGUACCCGAGCUUUUACGUAAUUCGAAUGGCAGGAUUAAUUAAUAAUUUAUUAAACGUACGGAUUUAUGAUGAAUUCGACUGAAAGCCGUGUAUUGUUGAGUGCUUCCGUCGUUGAUUAUUACAUAAUUCAUGUGGCAAUGAUCAAGUCCGUGCUGCAGUGCAAAAAUCGUACAUCACUCAUCGUGAUAAAAGUACAAUUGAUACGUGAAAAAUAGAAACGAGAUGUGUACUUUUAGAUUUUACUUUUUAUAGAAUUCAUUGUUUUUCAAUAAAAUCACAGAUAUGUAAUUUCUGUAAACGAUUAUGGACUA